AUGGACGGCGAAAGUGGGUACGACGGUGGAUCAGAAGCUUCUGCUGCUGCUUCUUCAGCGAUAAGCCAUUCCGAUUGUAAGCCGAAGAAGUCUUGUGAGAUAUGCGGAAGUAAUGCCAAUGCGCAUGAGAUAAUGAUAUGCUUCAGGUGCCAAGAAACAAGAGAGCAUACUUAUUGCGCGAGGGUAAAGUUAGAAAGUGUUCCUCCGAUGUGGCUAUGUGAAGUCUGCCGUCGUCCUAAUCCCUCAAAUGUCAUAGAUCUUGCUACUGAUCCAAGAGCUAAUCAAGUGGAACAAGAAGCUGUGGAUAGCGAAGAUUCGGCUGAAAUUGUUGAUCAAAAUGCUGCUCAGUCAUCAAGGACUAAUCAAGUUGUGAAUAACGAAGCUGGUCCAUCAUCAUCAAGAACUAAUCAAGUGGGAAAAGCUGCGGACAAUGCAAGCAACGAAUCUUCUCCUCCUAAUUCCUGA